AUGGCUUUAUUUCAACUGGGGCGUGCUGAGCACCAUUUGGGGAAGUUUGAAGAAGCAUCUCAACGACUGGAGGAGGCCAAGAAGAUUUCUGAAAGAUCUGACAAUGCCUAUGUCAAGCUUAAUCCGGGACUGUUCUUACGUCUAGGACUUUUGAAGCUAUCAACACAGCGAAAAGAAGACGAGGAUUUGGCGCAAGAAUGCCUCGAAAAAGUAAUCAAAGACUCGAAUGAUAGAUGCGGUGUUGCGAGAAGAGCGCUGGGUGUGCUGAUUGGUAGACGACUCCUCAUCGGGAUUAAGCGUGGUCGUCCGCGGGGAGGUGAAGUGUUCCAUAGAGCGGUCUCUCUUCUAAAGCGAGGGCUCGCUGAGAACGAAGGGGCGAAAGCAGAUGUGCCUGCUCAACUUACUUAUGCGGGGCUAAUUGAGGAAAACUCACCAAAGCUGGCAUUAGAGGCGUAUCAGUCCGCGAUCAGGGCUCUUGAGGGGGAAAAGACCCCUGUCGAUGCUGAGAUUUGGAAUAAUGUGGCAUCCCUUAACGCACGUCUCGGGGAUGUUAGCGCAGCGAAAACAAUGAUGCACGAGAAGAUUGAUGCGGAGUAUAGCGCAGAGUGCUCCACAAUCUCAUACAAUCGAGGUAGAAUUGCAGAAAUGGCUGGGGCCCUGAAAGAGGCAGAAUCGACUUUUCGGGCGAUUAAGAAGGAUGCUCCUCAUUAUCUGGAGGCCAUUACAAGACUAGCCGUCAUCACCAUGCAAGAUGAAACAAAGUUGAAAGAAGCAGAAGAACUUUUGAGAGAAGCCAUGGGAUCGCCCGCAAGCAAGUCGGUUGCUGCGGCGUUUCUGAGCAAGCUUUAUGCAAAGCAGAAGGAUUUUAAGGAAGCGCAAACGGUUCUAGAGAUUAAUCGUAAUGAGUGCGAUUAUCUGGCGUUAGCGUUCUCAAGUUUUAUGCACCGCUUCUUGGAUAGUUUGGAUCAAGAACGAAAAUCACGCUUCUUGUUAAACCAUAUAGGGGCACCCCUUGUGUCGAUUCUGAAAAGGAGCAAACACAAUUCGUUUGCGGCAAACGGCGUGGGCGUGUACUUUGCUGAGUCAAAAAUGAUGUCGGAGGCUAGAGACGCGUUCACAGCAGCCGGUACCGGCGUUUUCACUGCAAAGACUGCGCGGGUAAAUCUUGCUCACACGCAAGUGCACUUGGGUCAUCGCGCGAUCAGCGAGUCUGCGCGAGUCACAGGACGUCCAAGCCACAAGGUUGUGUCGAACUCACGGGCACUAUUUGAACAAGCGGAAAAGCUUUAUCAGGACGCCUUUGAGCUCAGUCGGCUGUCAAAGUCGAAGGCGGAUUUUGAUGCGCAUUGCGAGCUGUUGUUAUACACCGCGUGGGCGCAGUUUGAAGCGACACAGUACCGCAAGUCUGCGGAUACUUUGACAAAACUAGUGCACUUAGUGCCGUCUAAUGCGGUGGUGUGGUUCAACCUCGGUCAAGCUUUGCUUGAGUCUGCGAGCACUCGGGCUCUACGAGGGAAAACAAUGCUGGAAGAAAUGAAAAUGGCUAAAGUGGAAUUUACAGCAAGCAGACAAGCGUUGCGGAGAAGCAUUGCGUUAGACAGACAUCAUACAGAUGCCCUGACAAGGUCGCAAUUUGAAACGAAACAUGCAACUGCACUCGACAAAUACGUGCACCAACAAGACAGGACGCAUGAGGUGAACCUGAGGAACGCGACAAACGAAGCGGAAGAUAGAGAAGAGCGAAGACGGCAUAGUCUUGCUCUUCUUGAGGCGCGACAGAAGAAGCAUGAGGAGGAGGCGAGAAAGGAGAUGGACAAGCAGCGACAGAAAGAGGAGGAAUUGCGGAAAGCGUUCCAAGAUUCAGAAGCCAAAAAGCAACGAUUUAAGGAGGAGCACGAUCGAACGCUGGCGGAGGAAGCAAGGUUUGAGGAUGAGGAUGAGGAAUAUAGCGGGGAACAAGGAUCGUCGCGAAAAGGUCGAUCCAAGCGAAAGAAGAAGGAGGAGUUGUUAAUCGAGGACGAAAAACCGGCUAAGAAAGCCAAGAAACAGAAAAAGGGGACGAUUGCAAAGAAAAAGGAUGCCGACGACUCUGGGAGCGAAUAUUCUGAUGCAGCUGCGGACAGUGGAAAGGAAGGCGAGAACGGGGUGGAAUUGUCACGGGGAGAUGAAUCGGAGGGAGAGGGCGAUCGGAAGCCGAGCGAGCAAAAGAGGUUUGCGCUAACGGUGGAUGACGAUGAUUCCGAUGGAGAUCUUUAA